GAAGGAAGGCAGGCAGGCAAGCGUUCCGCAGCCAGGGAACUACAUUCCCCAGAAGGCCCUGCGCGCAAAGUCAGGGUGAAUGGGUCCGCCCCUUGGCCGCCUCCCCUCCCCGCCAGAGCGCCCGGAUAAAGGUUCCGUUCCGUGCGCAGUGCGGCUCGGUGCGACGCGACUUGACAGCGAAGGAGGAGAAAAAGGGGGAGGCCGCGGAAGGAAGGCUGUGUGGGCGAGAGCAGCGAGAGCAGUCUGGCCGCGUCGGAAACUCCACCCUGGUGGGAAGAAGAGGAAGAAGGAGGAGGCGGAGGCGGGGAAGAGCCAGGGACGGAAGCCCCGGCGGGAGAGAUGUCGGGGCCCCACUCGGCCCGGGACUCCGGGGGAGGAGGAGGAGGCGGGAGCUUAAACCGCGAGCUGUGCCGCGCCUUCGGGCACUACAACCGGCACCUGGCGCGGCUGCAGCACAACCUGCGCGAGACCAAGAAGUUCUUCCGCGACGUCAAGUACUCCCAAGGCCUCCCCACUAUUGCUGUUGCUGGGCCUGCGCCCGUGGAGGAGUCGCCUCAGCUUCAGCAGCAGCAUCCCGCCCCUUCGGGCUCGGACAGCGCCCCUGGUGGCCAUGGCGGAGCCGCGCUGCUGGUCGGGCAGCUGAGCUCAAUUGCCUUUCCCCGACAUGAGGAGGAGUACCUCCAGCUGACAGUAAGCUGUCAUCCAUGCCUUUUAAUCUUUGGUCAGAACUGUAAUGCCAAAUGUCAGUUGCUCAACAUGCUCUUAGGGGACAGACUGCUGCCUACCACCAAAAUCAGCAGUGAGGAAAACUGCAAGAGGCGUCGAAUUCACUUCACAUACGGAAGACAAACACGGAUCAGUUUAGCUUUACCUGGACAGUAUGAAUUAGUUCAUAACUUGGCAGCUCAUCAAGGUAGAUGGGAAACAAUACCUGAGGAAGACUUGGAAAUCCAUGAAGAUAAUGAGGAUUUGGCACACCAGAUUGCAGAGCUGGAAGUUACGCUGAAUCACACAUUAUUGCAGGAAGUGGACAUUGUUAUAGCUCCAUGUCGGGCAUUCCAGUCUGCAGAAGUCACUUUGGGAGAAUACAUUAACAGUGUCCUUCCAGUCGUCACUUUUGCUAUUAGUGAGGAAGAACUGUCAGCACUGGAUAUGGAUGAACUGCGUGGGAUUAAAGAGAAACUUGCUCUGCCUGUGUUCUUUUUCAAAGUGCCAGAUUUGGGGGUUGAACUAAUAUCCCCUCAAAAUGCAGAGAAUGAAAAGUCAUCCCUUUAUCGGCAGUUGCUGGAUUUAGACUACCUUAGCACCAACCACUGCAGCUGUGGAGCUCCCACCUCUGAUGCCAAAGCCCAGAGCAUGCUUGUGGAACAAUCGGAUAAGCUCCGUUUGCUUAGCACCUUCGCUAAACAGGUGCUGCAAAAGCACUUGGUGGAUGCAGCCACCAUCUUGAACAUAGUACAUUGUCGUUGCCUGGACAUUUUCAUCAACCAAGCCUUUGACAUGCAGCGAGACUUGCAGAUCACUCCAAAGCGUCUAGAGUACACACGCAAAAAAGAGAAUGAGCUGUAUGAAUCUUUGAUGAGCAUAGCCAACCGCAAACAAGAGGAAAUGAAGGACAUGAUAAUUGAGACACUCAAUAACAUGAAAGAAGAGCUGCUGGAAGAUGCUGCUAAUAUGGAAUUCAAAGAUGUUAUAAUUCCUGAGAAUGGAGAGCCUAUUAGUUCCAAAGAUAUUAAAUGUUGUAUUAAACAAAUCCAGGAACUGAUAAUUACACGAUUGAACCAAGCAGUUGCCAACAAACUGAUAAGUUCUGUGGACUACCUCCGUGAGAGCUUUGUAGGCACUCUGGAAAGAUGUCUGAAGAGUUUGGAGAAAUCUCAGCAUGAUGUUUCAGUGCAUAUUACAAGCAAUUAUUUAAAACAGAUACUUAAUGCUGCCUACCAUGUUGAAGUCACUUUUCACUCUGGUUCAACAGUAUCCAGAAUGCUGUGGGAACAAAUCAAGCAGAUAAUACAGCGGAUUACUUGGGUGAGCCCACCAGCUAUUACCACAGAGUGGAAAAAGAAAGUGGCUCAGGAUGCCAUUGAGAGUCUUAGUGCAUCCAGACUGGCCAAGAGCAUCUGCAGCCAAUUUCGGACAAGACUAAAUAGUUCUCAUGAAGCUUUUGCAGCCUCCUUAAGACAGCUAGAAGUUGGCCACUCGGGAAGACUGGAGAAGACAGAAGAUCUUUGGUUGAAAGUGCGAAAAGAUCAUGCCCCUCGGCUUGCCCGCCUCUCCCUGGAAAGCAGAUCACUGCAGGAUGUUUUGUUAUAUGGUAAACCAAAAUUAGGUCGUGAGCUGGGCCGAGGGCAGUAUGGAGUGGUGUACUUGUGUAAUGCCUGGGGAGGGCACUUCCCAUGUGCACUCAAAUCUGUUGUUCCACCAGAUGAGAAGCACUGGAAUGACCUUGCACUUGAGUUUCAUUAUAUGAGGUCCUUGCCAAAACAUGAACGGUUGGUAGACCUUCAUGGCUCAGUGAUAGACUAUGGGUAUGGGGGAGGUUCCAGCAUUGCUGUUCUACUGAUAAUGGAACAAUUGCACAGAGACCUCUAUACAGGCUUAAAGGCUGGGUUGGCACUGGAGAUAAGAUUGCAGAUUGCUUUGGAUGUGGUUGAAGGGAUCCGAUUUCUUCAUAGUCAAGGGCUUGUUCACAGAGACAUCAAACUGAAAAAUGUAUUGCUUGAUAAAAACAACAGAGCUAAAAUUACAGACUUGGGAUUCUGCAAACCUGAAGCAAUGAUGUCUGGCAGUAUUGUUGGGACCCCCAUUCACAUGGCUCCUGAACUCUUCACAGGGAAAUACGAUAACUCUGUGGAUGUAUAUGCGUUUGGAAUCUUGUUCUGGUACAUCUGUUCAGGACAUGUGAAGUUACCAGAAGCAUUUGAGAGAUGUGCAAGUAAGGACCACCUUUGGAACAACGUUCGAAGAGGAGUACGUCCUGAACGCCUUGCCAUUUUUGACGAGGAAUGUUGGCAAUUGAUGGAAGCAUGUUGGGAUGGGGACUCCUCCCAGCGCCCACUUCUGGGAAUAGUCCAGCCCAUGUUGCACGGCAUAAUGGAUAGACUUUGCAAGUUGAACUCAGAGCAGUUAAACAAAGGGUUGGAUGAUUCUACUUGAAAAAGAAGCCGCGGAGGAACUGUUCUAUUUUGUGAGAAGUCUGGUCCCUACCCUGCCACUGGCAACUCGUGUUUUGGCUCUUUGAAAGAGAGUGGCCCACAAUUGUGUGAAAGGAUAUCAAAAAUGUACAUCGUAAGAGCAGCCAGGGACAUUCAUUCCCAGGACACACUACUAAUGUUAGUUGAUAGUGCUUCCUUCUUUAUUAAAAACCAGAUAGGGGAUUAAAAUCUCUUAGUCUGAAAGGGAUUUUGCUCAUCCCCCUUCAGACUUCAGUAAAGGAAAAAAGCACUGUUUGCAUCAGUUGUGUUGUGGCUAGCAUAUUUGCAACUCCAGCUACAGUCUGCCAGAGGUCGAUGUAUCUAAGCUGCCUUGAAUGUUGUGAAUGUGGAUGAUUGGAAGAAAUAGGCUGUAUCCCUUUAAUAGGGACAAUAAUCCUGCUGACAUUGGUAGCAUGGACUUUGGGGGGACAUAGGUUCAUGCUGACUUCUAGUAAUACCUGGUAUGUUUACAUCAGAGUGUUCAUCCUCAGAAGGGGAAAGCCCCACUGCAGUGGAAUGCCCACAAGUAUAAGCUAUUUUUCUUCUUCUUUUGGUCAUGUGAACUAAUCUUUCUUCCAGUAAAUCCCUAAUGGAAAUUCUUCAACUAUCUGAGGGAAGAUGGCCUUUUUUUUACUCCUCCCACUGCCAAUCUUGUAGUAAGAUGGGUACUUCACCAAAAGGUUUUGCACGUACAGAAACACAAUUAGCAACUACUGUCUGUACUCAUGGACAAAUAGCAGAUGAGGUUUUUAACUAGAGCAGUUUUCUUCCUUUUGAACAAAGUAUAAAGGCAAGGACUGUUUUAAACUCAUUUUGACAUGUCAUUUUUAAAAAUUCCUUCAGCUGGUUAUGUGUUUUAAGUCAUCUCUAAGACAGAGUACCCAAGAGAAACCUGUCUAGACACAUGUGUUGCUGUGUCUGCCCAUUAUUUACUUCCUCGGGGGUUUGUUUGACUUUACUGUUUGAGGACACUGUUGCAUGAAGUACAUGGAGAGGAAGGUCCAGAGAUGAAGGGCUCUUUCUCAUCGUGACACAAAAAUUCCUUUGCAUUUGCUUGUUCAGCAACUAGUUUUAGUAUAAUUGUGUUUUGAGGUCAAUAUAGAUUGAACUAGAGAAUGGACCUGGAUGGCUAAGGAUAGGGACCGGCUGCACAGUGUGCCUCAAUCUGUUUGGAAGUGCAGUAUAUAAUCAUAUUCCCCCUCUUCCAUGAAAUGAGACAUGGACUGGUUCCAUUUCCAUAUGAUUCUUUACCAUAUGCUGUGCAAAGCCAGUGAAGCAAACAUAUAUUUUGCUUCCAAUUACUCCUGCUUGAGCAAAACAGAAAUACAACUUUUUGUCUGUUUACAUAAACUCCUAGAGACAAAAGUAAUCCUGUAGUAUUACUCAGCCUCUUAGAUAAACCCUUUUGUGUGUGCAAUAAAACAGAAAAACUGCUUUUAAAAUUAUUGCUUUUUACUUAGUAGGCAUUAAUUGUUAUGUGGCGGUCUUAAACUGUAUUGGCACUUCUAUCCACUGACUGUAGCAUUUGGCAACUUGAACUGAAAUGGGCAGCAAUAGCUGCCAACCAUGCUCACAGAAAAGCACAAAAGUUCUCAAACAGGAAGUCCUAAAAUGUCACUCAAUGUAUCAUUGGACCACCACUCUAGUCACUUGACAGUAUUAUUUGUUACAUAUCCAUUUUUACUCUGUGCUGCCAUGGCUAGUGACCUUGUUUAAAAUUAAGGGCAUCUAGGUCAGUAUUUUUGGAACUAUAGAAAUAGUUAUGUAACAUAAAAUAAAUAAAACUAUUUGAAAAUAUCUUGUAUAGCUUUUCCCAAGGAGCUCUGCAUUUCCUUACUGUUUACCCUGUGCCUUUAAAAAAUUCAAACACAUGUUUCAAUUUUACCAAAGCUUUUUUCCUCUGUAGACAUGAAAUAGCCUCCCUACAUCUGUCCUAUGUACAACAUAAGUACUUCUCUGUUGGGUGUAAUUUUAAAUAAUUUUAAAUAAUUAUUUUAAAUAAUUUCUGAGUAUAAAGCAGAUAUCACAGUUUGUGACAUGUCUGUCAGCAGGGAAUACACAUGUUAUGUUCUUUUAAAAGGUUCUGUUGCUUAAAAUGCAUUUAUUUUUAUUUAAACCAGGGGUGUAGAGUCUGAUCUCUUAUACUCCUAGAAUUACAGAAGUGAUUAACACAAACACACAUGACCAGAAACUUGAAAUAACGUAUGGUUUCAUUUUUGGCUACUCAACAGCUGCUUUUUAUAUUGGUGCAACCCACUUGGCAGGGGUCAGCAUAGAAAAUUCUCUCCCCCCCCCCCCCCACCUUUGCACUUACCCACCCUUGAUUUAAAGGACAGCUCUCUAUGACCACAUGCUCUUUCUAUGGUUACUGGCUGAGUAUAUAAUGCAAACACUAAACAAUUGCAGAGCUCUUGCCAAAUGGGCAAAAUGAUAUGUCACCAUUAGCAUUGUGGUGGGAUUGAUAAUGGUCAUUGAAUGCAGAGCAAGAUCACUCCUUUGUCCUUUCUCUAAUGACUACACAAGACCAGUAAGUCAGAGAUCUGGCAAAGACAUUAUAAGUUGUUCUGAAAAAUAACUGUCCAGGUACAAUUUAAUUUAUUUAAAAACCACCUUUCCCCACUCUGCUUCCAAGUCCAAUUUUCUAGGAAUCCAGUCUUCAUCACCCACUUAGUUUCACACCCAGAAGGAAACUUUGUUUACUGCAUGGUUCAAGGUUUACAUGUUGAUGGCAGAACCAAAUGCUCCAAAAUGUAGGUUUUCUUAAAACUAGGGCUAUAGCAAACAAAAUUAGUUUACAAAACAAGUUCCUGGAGAAAUCAUGGCACCCAUGCUGGUGCAAGUAGUUGAUGGAACUAAUUGAAUGCCAGGGUACUUUUUAUUUCUGCUCUGAAAACUGUUGUCAUUUAGGCUCUGAACAAACACUACAUAGGAAUUGCAUGAGCUAAACUUAGCUGCUGAAGCAAGGCUUGAAUACGAUAGCAGACUGCUAUGUUGUGGUGCUGGAAUAUUACCUUUAGCUUGCUGGUACAUUGUUGCUGCCUAUGGCAUUGCUUUGUAGUAAAGCAGAUUGUAGAAGUUCCUGUUUAGCAACUGACAUUUUUCCUGUAUCUUCUCCAGUUCUAUUAUAAUGAAUUUACAAUGCAAGCUUUUCUUGUAUAAUUAAAACUAUUGCAUUAACUUCCUACAGCACUUCUUUGAGUUAGUUCUCCCUUCUGCUCCUUCCCUUCCAAAUGACAAUGUUUGAGGGGUGAGAAGACACUUGAAUGUUGGUUUUUGCAGGGUGACAGACUUCACCUAAAAGAACGUCAAUGCUGCAUUCCUGUUUAAUGCGGUUCUCUUAAUUUUUCAAGAUGUGCAUAGUGUUUCCUCUGUAUCUUCCUAUGUAUCCUAGCCAGAUGUCCUUUUUAAAAAAGAAAGUCUCAAAACUAUUAUUUCUUUUCUCCAGAGAGAGAAUAAGAGCACAUCUGCAUUUGAAACUCUCUCAGGGGCUGGAAUAGCACUGCAUUUCUUACAUUUCUAAUUAUUUUGGUUCUGUUACUAUUUGUCAACUCUUAACACUUAGCUACUAUGGAGAAGUGUGGGAAGAGUUAUACAGUUCAUUGUAAUGCCUACAGAUUUUGUACUACUUUUUAUUUUUUAAGCUGAUGUAUAAUACUCCUAAAAGCAUAGGUAACAAACUGUAUAGGAAAAGUGCAAUAACAUGGAAAAUGAGUACAAAUAUUUCUCUUUUAUUCUAUAGUACUAAUAUCCUCUCCACUGCAGCCCCCUCCUCCAUUACAUGUAUUUUAAAAGACAUCACUGUGGGUCAAGUCUUCACUUAGUGCCAUAAUGAAGAUCUGUUUUAAUAGACGAUAGAAUGCACAGAAGUGCUGUGCUGUAUAAUAAAGUUUGCAUUAACGUUU